AACACUACCAAUCUACCACCCUUUAAACCCGAUGCUGCGUCCGAAAACCCGUACACUCGCUCUUUUCCCUUCCAUUUUCCCUAACUUUCUCACCGGCCAAACACCUUCCCAUCCAAAUCUCCACUCGAUCAAGAUGUCCUCCCAAACCCAAACCCAAACCAUCGAACACGUGGUCCUCUUCAAGGUCAAAGAAAACGCCGACCCCUCCCAGGUCGACGCGUGGCUCCACGCGCUCAACGGCCUGAUCUCCCUGGACCAAGUCCUCCACCUCAGCGCGAGCUCAGUCUUCCGCAACCGAACCUCCUCUUCCCUCAGCUUCACUCACAUCCUCCACAGCCGCUACAGCUCCCAAAACCACCUCGCCGCCUACUCGGCCCACCCCAACCACGUCAGCGUGGUCAAGGAGUACCAGCCGUUGAUCGAAGACAUCAUGGCCGUCGAUUGGGUCUUCGUCGCUGAUGAUCUCCACGUGGCCCCGCCACCGCCCGGGUCUGCGAUUCGAGUCACAUCCCUGAAACUGAAGGACAAUCUGGGCGAUGACGUAAAAGCAGAGAUUUUAGGGGGGAUCAAGGGAAUUAAGGACAGAUUUGGGGAAAUUAGUCAGUUUACUUUUGGAGAGAACUUCUCGCCCGGGAGAGCCAAGGGGUUUUCGGUCGCGUGGCUCUCGGUUUUUCCUGGACGUAGCGAGUUGGAGAAGGUGGAUGGGAACGAGGAUUUGGUAAUUUUGGAAGAGAAGGUUAGGGCUUUUGUGGAGAAUGAGGUCGUUGUUGAUUUUGUGGUGCCGUCGCCAAAAUCUGCGAGUGUUUGAUGGUUGUCAUUUUGUAUUACUCUUUAUCAACCAAAUUUCAAGCUUCCAAGAUUUUAUCAAA